UUCUGCCAUUAAAGCCUCCGAAUGCAUAAACAGGGUGCACUCUGAGUCUGAUGAAACCUCAUAGACUGACCUACGGCAGUUCCCUCAGUUCAUCUGCUCCAACAGUUCUCCAAGUCACAAAAGAAAGAUUCUGUCCUUAACCUGAGGAUGAAGACAGCUGCAUUAACAGUUGUGGGCCUGCUGGGGGCACUAUGUCUAUGCUUAAGGACAGAGGCAAACACUGCUUGGGACCUUUUACGCCAAUCUGCAGUGAACUGGACAGGCAAUCUGCCCUGUGGUGGCUGGGACUGCGAUUGCGAGUUUAGGAAGCCGAAAGGCUGCUGCUGUGUGGCGAGACCACUGUUUGAGCUGGAGGAGGCCACCUUCAUGCGAAUGGUGGGCUUAUGGGAGGGCUUGACUGAUCUCAAUGAACAGAUUGAUGAGGUCACAGGUGGACGUAACGUAGCAUUUGCUGCUUUUUUGUCCUCAACACCUGGAUGUUUUGGACCUUUCACCAGAAAUGUGUCCAUCCCUUACCAGAACAUUACUCUCAACCAAGGCUAUGGGUAUAAUGCUGCAUUAGGUGCUUUCACUGCUCCUCGUGCGGGCCUCUACUCCUUCAGCUACACUGUGUACUCCAACGUUGGGCCAGCAGGUGAGCGCCUCUACCUAAAGGUGCAGCUGAUGAAGGAUGGCCAGGUGAUCGCCUCCUCCUGGGAGGACAACCGUGAAGACUCGGAGGACAGCGCCACACAGAUGGUGCUACUGCAGCUCAAACAAGGCAACCAGGUGUAUGUAGAGCUGGUGUCAGGCAGGUUUCUGUGUACAGACACGCAGGGCUACAACUCCUUCAGUGGAUUCCUGGUCUACCCGCUCACUGAUGUACCUGUGUGAGGCUGGUAACUAGCAGGAACGCCCAAACACUAUUUUCACAGUCAGUAAUGAUAACAGAGUAAGCACAAAACUGGCCCUACAUCUCUAGAGAUUACUUAUUGUUUUGUGUUAUUACGAUUGAACUACAAGUAAAACCACAUGAUGCAGUACACAUUAAAGUGCUAUUCACUUUACAUGACUACAUGCUUUAGACAGUCCAUAAGCAGCAACAAUCAAGAUUAAAUGUACAAGCUUCAUAGUAACAAGUAGCUGAUUGGUUGUCAGCCCAUCUUAAUUACCUUUUUCCAGAUUUAUA